AUGAGGAAUAUCAAUUUGAUUCGGUAUAGUUACGGAAUCUCAACUGAUACAAUUAACGGCAUCAAAACGGCAAUUGAAAACAAUAAAGGAGAAGGUGAGUCAAUUGAAACGGAGACAAUUAAUACUCCUUCAGUUAUUCCUACUACUGCAGCUCCUACUGAAGCGCCUACGACUCAGGUUCCUACUACCGAAGUUCCUACUGAAGCGCCUACGACUCAGGUUCCUACUACCGAAGUUCCUACUGAAGCGCCUACGACUCAGGUUCCUACUACCGAAGUUCCUACUGAGGUACCCACUACCGAAGCUCCUUCUACUGAGGUUCCUACUGAGGUACCCACUACCGAAGCUCCUACCGAAGCUCCUUCUACUGAGGUGCCUUCUACUGAGGUGCCUACUGAAGCUCCUUCUACCGAAGCUCCUUCUACCGAAGCUCCUUCUACCGAAACUCCUUCUACCGAAGCUCCUUCUACCGAAGCUCCUUCUACCGAAGCUCCUACCGAAGCUCCUACCGAAGCUCCUUCUACCGAAGCUCCUUCAACUGAGGUCCCCACUACUGUUGCUCCUACCGAAGCUCCGACUACUGAGGUGCCUACCGAAGCUCCUACUGACGAGGUACCUACGACUGAGGUGCCUACCGAAGCUCCUUCUACUGAAGUACCCACUACUGUUGCUCCUACCGAAGCUCCGACUACUGAGGCGCCUACCGAAGCUCCUACCGAAGCUCCUUCUACUGAGGUGCCUACCGAAGCUCCUUCUACCGAAGCUCCUACCGAAGCUCCUACUACUGAGGUGCCUACCGAAGCUCCUACUGACGAGGUACCUACGACUGAGGUGCCUACCGAAGCUCCUUCUACUGAGGUGCCUACUGCUUCUCCUACUACCGAAGUUCCUACUGAGGAAGUACCCACUACCGAAGCUCCUUCUACUGAGGUGCCUACCGAAGCGCCUACUGAGGAAGUACCCACGACUGAGCUGCCUACAACUCAAUCUCCCACUACUGAGGCUCCUACAACUCAAUCUCCCACUACUGAGGCUCCUACGACUCUGCCUCCCACUGAGGCUCCUACCACUUUGCCUCCUAUUGAAUGUGGCGAGAGACAGUUCGCGGUUACGGUUACCCGUACUUGUGGAAAGUUUGGAUCUGAAGAAUCGGUCAGCAUUUAUGAAGGAACUAUUUUAUCUGGUAGUCGCGUUUAUCAGGAGACUACUUGUACUGCUGGUACCUUCUAUUUCUGCAUGAGACCUAUGCAGCACACGAUUGUGUUGACGGAUAGUGCUCGCGAUGGUUGGGAUAUUAGCUCGUCUAUUGUAUUGAAGAGUGGAGGUAUGUCUCUUUCUUACACUUUGGACACUGGAAGUUCUGUUACUUAUUCAUUCAAUCUGACUCCUUCUGGGGUUCCUACUGAACUUCCUCCUACUGCUGGUCCUACGACUGCUACUCCCACUACUGAGGUGCCUCCUACUGAGUCUCCUACGACUGUUACUCCUACUGAGGCUCCUACGACUCAAUCUCCCACGACUCUGCCUCCCACUGAGGCUCCUACCACUUUGCCUCCUAUUGAAUGUGGCGAGAGACAGUUCGCGGUUACGGUUACCCGUACUUGUGGAAAGUUUGGAUCUGAAGAAUCGGUCAGCAUUUAUGAAGGAACUAUUUUAUCUGGUAGUCGCGUUUAUCAGGAAACUACUUGUACUGCUGGUACCUUCUAUUUCUGCAUGAGACCUAUGCAGCACACGAUUGUGUUGACGGAUAGUGCUCGCGAUGGUUGGGAUAUUAGCUCGUCUAUUGUAUUGAAGAGUGGAGGUAUGUCUCUUUCUUACACUUUGGACACUGGAAGUUCUGUUACUUAUUCAUUCAAUCUGACUCCUUCUGGGGUUCCUACUGAACUUCCUCCUACUGCUGGUCCUACGACUGCUACUCCCACUACUGAGGUGCCUCCUACUGAGUCUCCUACGACUGUUACUCCUACUGAGGCUCCUACGACUGUUGCUCCUACGACUCUUCCUCCCACUGAGGCUCCUACCACUUUGCCUCCUAUUGAAUGUGGCGAGAGACAGUUCGCGGUUACGGUUACCCGUACUUGUGGAAAGUUUGGAUCUGAAGAAUCGGUCAGCAUUUAUGAAGGAACUAUUUUAUCUGGUAAUCCCGUUUAUCAGGAAACUACUUGUACUGCUGGUACCUUCUAUUUCUGCAUGAGACCUAUGCAGCACACGAUUGUGUUGACGGAUAGUGCUCGCGAUGGUUGGGAUAUUAGUUCGUCUAUUGUAUUGAAGAGUGGAGGUAUGUCUCUUUCUUACACUUUGGACACUGGAAGUUCUGUUACUUAUUCAUUCAAUCUGACUCCUUCUGGGGUUCCUACUGAAAUUCCCACUACUGCUGGUCCUACGACUGCUACUCCCACUACUGAGGUGCCUCCUACUGAGUCUCCUACGACUGUUACUCCUACUGAGGCUCCUACGACUGUUCCUCCUACUGAGGCUCCUACUACUCUGCCUCCUACUACUGAGGUACCUCCUACGACUGCUGCUCCCACUACUGCUGCUCCCACUACUCUUCCUCCCACUGAGGCUCCUACCACUUUGCCUCCUACUACUCUUCCUCCUACUGAACCGAUUCCUGAGUGCGGAGAGGACAAGCUGCUGCUCGAGAUUAUUCGUGUGUGUGGUACUUAUCCUAGCGAAGAGCGAGUGGAUAUUUAUCAGGGAACAGAUCGUCCUUUCACUGGUACUCCUCUGUACAGUGAGUCUGUAUGCACUGCUGGAACUCAUUAUGUAUGCAUCAACCGUGUUGCUCACACGAUUGAGCUGCGUGAUUCUGGCUAUGAUGGAUGGAAUGGUAAUUCGCAUGUUACUUUGAAGAGUGGUUACAUGUCUAUGACUUACACUUUGACUGCUGGAGGUUCAUAUGCUUAUCAUACCUUUGAUAUGACUCCUACUGAGGCUCCUACUGAACCUAUUCCCACUACUGCUCCCACUACUCCUGCUCCCACUACUCUUCCUCCCACUGAGGCUCCUACCACUUUGCCUCCUACUACUCUUCCUCCUACUGAACCGAUUCCUGAGUGUGGAGAGGACAAGCUGCUGCUCGAGAUUAUUCGUGUGUGUGGUACUUAUCCUGAAGAAGAACGAGUGGAUAUUUAUCAGGGAACAGAUCGUCCUUUCACUGGUACUCCUCUGUACAGUGAGUCUGUAUGCACUGCUGGAACUCAUUAUGUAUGCAUCAACCGUGUUGCUCACACGAUUGAGCUGCGUGAUUCUGGCUAUGAUGGAUGGAAUGGUAAUUCGCAUGUUACUUUGAAGAGUGGUUACAUGUCUAUGACUUACACUUUGACUGCUGGAGGUUCAUAUGCUUAUUACAAUUUUGAUAUGACUCCUACUGCUGGUCCUACUGAAUCUCUUCCUACUACUUUGCCUCCUACUGAACCUAUUCCCACUACUGCUGGUCCCACUGAGGCUCCUACCACUUUGCCUCCCACUACUCCUGCUCCUACUACUCUUCCUCCUACUGAACCGAUUCCUGAGUGUGGAGAGGACAAGCUGCUGCUCGAGAUUAUUCGUGUAUGUGGUACUUAUCCUGAAGAAGAACGAGUGGAUAUUUAUCAGGGAACAGAUCGUCCUUUCACUGGUACUCCUCUGUACAGUGAGUCUGUAUGCACUGCUGGAACUCAUUAUGUAUGCAUCAACCGUGUUGCUCACACGAUUGAGCUGCGUGAUUCUGGCUAUGAUGGAUGGACUGGCAACUCGCAUGUUACUUUGAAGAGUGGUUACAUGUCUAUGACUUACACUUUGACUGCUGGAGGUUCAUAUGCUUAUCAUACCUUUGAUAUGACUCCUACUGAGGCUCCUACUGAACCUAUUCCCACUACUGCUCCCACUACUGCUGCUCCCACUACUCUUCCUCCCACUGAGGCUCCUACCACUUUGCCUCCUACUACUCUUCCUCCUACUGAACCGAUUCCUGAGUGCGGAGAGGACAAGCUGCUGCUCGAGAUUAUUCGUGUGUGUGGUACUUAUCCUGAAGAAGAACGAGUGGAUAUUUAUCAGGGAACAGAUCGUCCUUUCACGGGCAGUCCUCUGUACAGUGAGUCUGUAUGCACUGCUGGAACUCAUUAUGUAUGCAUCAACCGUGUUGCUCACACGAUUGAGCUGCGUGAUUCUGGCUAUGAUGGAUGGACUGGCAACUCGCAUGUUACUUUGAAGAGUGGUUACAUGUCUAUGACUUACACUUUGACUGCUGGAGGUUCAUAUGCUUAUCAUACCUUUGAUAUGACUCCUACUGCUGGUCCUACUGAACCUAUUCCCACUACUGCUCCCACUACUCCUGCUCCCACUACUCUUCCUCCCACUGAGGCUCCUACCACUUUGCCUCCUACUACUCUUCCUCCUACUGAACCGAUUCCUGAGUGCGGAGAGGACAAGCUGCUGCUCGAGAUUAUUCGUGUGUGUGGUACUUAUCCUGAAGAAGAACGAGUGGAUAUUUAUCAGGGAACAGAUCGUCCUUUCACUGGUACUCCUCUGUACAGUGAGUCUGUAUGCACUGCUGGAACUCAUUAUGUAUGCAUCAACCGUGUUGCUCACACGAUUGAGCUGCGUGAUUCUGGCUAUGAUGGAUGGAAUGGUAAUUCGCAUGUUACUUUGAAGAGUGGUUACAUGUCUAUGACUUACACUUUGACUGCUGGAGGUUCAUAUGCUUAUCAUACCUUUGAUAUGACUCCUACUGAGGCUCCUGUUUCUCGCUCGGUUGCUGCCUCCCAAGCCACUGCUUCAUCUGUCAAUUUCAUUCCUCAAUGUGCUGAGGAUCAAUCUUUGCUGGAGAUUGUUCGCACUUGUGGAGUGAAUAGCAGCGAAGAAUCCUUCGAUAUCUAUUAUGGAAUGGAGCCUUCGAGUUCAACCGAAGUAUUUAGUCAGAGUUCUUGCAUUGCUGGAACAUAUUAUACAUGCAUUAGUCCUGUUGAACACACUUUAGUAAUGCGGGAUACAGGUCUGAAUGGCUGGUCUUCGGGCUCUCUUUUGAUUCUGAAGAGUGGAAAGGUUUCCUUGGCUUAUGCUAUGGAAAGUGGAAACGCCAUUGCUCACAAGGUCUUCAAUUUCGGUUCUGCAGUUGAUCAAACUUCUGGUGACAUCAUGAUGUCCGAAGACCGAAUGAAAGUCACAUUGAUUCGUUCAUGUGGCAACUCGUCUGAUUCUGAAGGAUUUGCGAUCUAUGAAGGUGCCUCGCGUGAUCGCGCCAUCUACCGCCAGACUCACUGCAUUGCCGGUGUGGUGAAUCUGUUCCUUUCUCGAGGUAUUUACACGAUUGUGAUGACGGAAGCGAAUGGAGAGGCUUGGGAACAGAAUUCGGUGGUUCGUAUUUUCAAGAAUGGUCUGCUUGGAUCGUACAGAAAGACGGUGGUGGGUGCUGAAGAAUCGAAGCACUUCGAGUGUGUUGCGGAGCUCACAACCUCGGAACAAUCGCUGGUUGGAAGUGGAGUGGCUCAAUCGAGCAAGGCGAGCAUGACUGGUUACUCGGUUGAGAACCUGUUCGAUAACUCGGUUUCUACCAAAUAUCGCGUCGCUGUGACGAGCUCGGAUUUCCCUGUGGAAGUGACCUACACGUUCCCUGAUGGCAAUGAAUACACGAUGAACAAGUAUGUGCUCACCAACGGCGAUUCGACGGCUGCUGCUUGCAACACGUGGAAGAUCUUCGGUAGAAAGAACGAAGAUAGCAACGAAUGGGUGAUGCUGGAUAGCCAGGAUAGUGUGGAAUGGAGCGAAGGCAAUCAGUCGCUGAGCUUCACUGUGAACAAUGCAAGUGCUUUCAAUGCUUACAUGUUCCAGUGCAGCGCGGUUGUGAAUAUCGAUGACGAGAAUAACGGAAGUCAGUUGGAAAUGGCGGAAUGGAAGUUGAUCCAAGCUUAA